AAAAUUAGUUCAAAAAAAGACCAACCAAGCAUUAAUAAAUUUAGUAAUUUUUGGUAGUUUUGGGCAGAGAAGAGUGAAGAGAGAAGAGAGAGAGAGAGUCAAAACCGGGCAGAGAAUCAUGAUCAAAAGGGGUUGAGAGUGGUGAAGUAUAAAGAGAGGGAGGCACUGAGACUCAGCCUCAGAACCAAACACCUCUCUCUCUCUCUCUCUCUCUCUAGUCUUAGCUUCUUGUUGUUGUUGUGAAGAUAUGGCUGGUGAUAAAGCAAUCGGUCUUGAAGAGCUCAAAAACGAGACUAUUGAUCUGGAAAAAGUUCCUAUUGAGGAAGUGUUUGAGCAGUUGAAAUGCAGCAGAGAAGGUCUAAGUACAGAAGAAGGAAACAACAGGCUUCAAAUCUUUGGUCCAAACAAAUUGGAAGAGAAAAAGGAAAGCAAAAUACUCAAGUUUCUUGGGUUCAUGUGGAAUCCACUCUCAUGGGUCAUGGAAGCUGCAGCAAUAAUGGCAAUUGCGUUGGCCAAUGGCGAUAAAAAGCCCCCGGAUUGGCAAGACUUUGUGGGUAUUAUUUGUUUGCUGGUAAUCAACUCCACUAUCAGUUUCAUUGAAGAAAACAAUGCUGGUAAUGCUGCUGCAGCUCUUAUGGCUGGUCUUGCACCCAAAACUAAGGUGCUUAGAGAUAGCCGAUGGAGUGAGCAGGAUGCUGCCAUUCUGGUUCCUGGAGAUAUCAUUAGUAUAAAAUUGGGAGAUAUCAUCCCAGCUGAUGCCCGCCUUCUUGAGGGUGAUCCAUUAAAGAUUGAUCAAUCUGCCCUUACUGGAGAAUCGCUCCCAGUGACCAAAAAUCCUUAUGAUGAAGUUUUCUCUGGUUCAACUUGCAAACAAGGUGAGAUUGAAGCUGUUGUCAUUGCUACCGGUGUUCAUACCUUUUUUGGAAAGGCUGCCCAUCUUGUGGACAGCACCAACCAAGUUGGGCAUUUCCAAAAGGUACUUACUGCAAUUGGGAACUUCUGUAUUUGUUCCAUAGCUAUUGGAAUGCUGGUCGAGAUUAUUGUUAUGUACCCAAUUCAGCACAGGAAGUAUAGGGAUGGAAUUGAUAACCUCCUAGUUCUUUUAAUUGGAGGUAUUCCAAUUGCUAUGCCCACUGUUUUGUCUGUGACAAUGGCUAUUGGGUCACACAGGCUAUCACAACAAGGUGCCAUUACCAAGAGAAUGACUGCCAUUGAGGAGAUGGCUGGCAUGGAUGUGCUCUGCAGUGAUAAGACAGGGACACUAACCCUUAACAAACUGAGUGUUGAUAAAAACUUGAUCGAGGUGUUUGCAAAUGGUGUAGAUAAAGAACAUGUAAUGUUGCUUGCUGCAAGGGCUUCUAGGACUGAAAACCAGGAUGCUAUUGACGCUGCCAUUGUUGGGAUGCUUGCAGAUCCAAAGGAGGCACGAGCUGGCAUCAGAGAGGUGCAUUUUUUCCCAUUCAAUCCUGUGGACAAGAGGACUGCUUUGACGUACGUUGAUGCCGAUGGAAAAUGGCACCGAGCUAGCAAAGGUGCCCCUGAACAGAUCUUAACCCUUUGUCAUGCCAAGGAAGAUUUGAAGAAAAAGGUUCAUGCCAUUAUUGAGAAGUUUGCUGAACGUGGACUGCGGUCAUUGGCUGUUGGAAGACAGGAAGUCCCUGAGAAAACAAAAGAAAGUCUAGGUAGUCCAUGGCAAUUUGUUGGAUUGUUGCCCCUCUUUGAUCCUCCCAGGCAUGAUAGUGCAGAGACUAUUCGUAGGGCUCUACAUCUCGGUGUAAAUGUCAAAAUGAUUACUGGUGAUCAACUUGCCAUUGCUAAGGAGACUGGCCGAAGACUUGGAAUGGGAACAAAUAUGUACCCAUCUGCUUCUUUACUUGGUCAACACAAGGAUGAAUCCAUAGCUUCCAUUCCAAUUGAAGAGUUGAUUGAGAAGGCAGAUGGGUUUGCUGGUGUAUUCCCAGAGCAUAAAUACGAAAUCGUGAAGAAGUUGCAGGAGAGUAAGCACAUCUGUGGAAUGACAGGAGAUGGUGUCAAUGAUGCUCCUGCUUUGAAAAAGGCAGAUAUUGGAAUUGCUGUUGCUGAUGCCACUGAUGCUGCACGAGGCGCUUCAGACAUUGUGCUCACAGAACCUGGGCUGAGUGUUAUCAUUAGUGCAGUGCUAACUAGUAGAGCGAUUUUCCAGAGGAUGAAGAAUUACACAAUUUAUGCAGUCUCCAUUACUUUACGUAUUGUGUUUGGCUUCUUGCUUAUCGCUUUGAUAUGGAAGUUUGACUUUUCACCUUUCAUGGUUUUAAUCAUUGCCAUCCUAAACGAUGGAACUAUAAUGACAAUCUCAAAGGAUCGGGUUGUGCCAUCACCAUUGCCUGAUAGCUGGAAGCUGAAAGAGAUUUUUGCUACCGGUGUUGUGCUUGGAGGUUAUUUGGCAUUGAUGACUGUUAUAUUUUUCUGGGUAAUAAGGGAUACUGAUUUCUUCCCGAAUAAAUUUGGUGUAAAACCUAUAAGACAAAAUCCUGAUGAAAUGAUGGCUGCUCUAUACCUCCAAGUGAGUAUUGUGAGCCAGGCUCUAAUUUUUGUCACUCGAUCUCGCAGCUGGUCCUACCUUGAACGCCCCGGAUUGUUAUUAGUCAGUGCUUUCCUAGUUGCACAGCUGGUGGCAACUCUGAUAGCUGUUUAUGCAAAUUGGGGUUUUGCAAAAAUUGAAGGAGUUGGUUGGGGAUGGGCUGGCGUUAUCUGGAUUUAUAGUAUUGUCUUCUAUGUCCCACUUGACGUAAUGAAAUUCACCAUUCGUUACAUUCUAAGUGGAAAAGCUUGGGUUAACAUGAUAGAGAACAAGACCGCAUUCACCACAAAGAAAGAUUAUGGAAAAGAGGAAAGGGAGGCUCAAUGGGCACUUGCUCAGAGGACUCUACAUGGACUUCAACCACCUGAAACCUCUACUCUUUUCAACGAGAAAAACAGCUACCGAGAACUGUCUGAAAUUGCUGAACAAGCAAAGAGGAGAGCUGAGGUUGCAAGGCUUCGGGAGCUUCUCACACUCAAGGGACACGUAGAGUCGGUGGUGAAACUGAAAGGUCUGGACAUUGAUACAAUUCAACAACAUUAUACAGUAUGAGAAAAGAACCAAAGAAAAAAAUAAAAAAGCAUAAGAAGUAUUAUUUACUCGAGAGACGAGGGAUGCAGCUCCAAGAAAUUGAGGCUCAAAAUUAAUUAUGCAUGAACUAUAAAGAGAAGAGAGAAACCCUUAACUAGAUGUGAAAACUUAAUUUCUAGAUGGGAACUUUUUAUAUCCUCCUAUGUGCUGUAACUUUUUCCUACCUAUUUACCACCAUUUCUUUCUUAUGUAUUUCAAGUGCCAAAAUAGAUAAUGUGUUCUCUUAUUGCUUUUUAAUGUUGAGCAAAAGUAACAUAUUUUGUAGAACAAUUCUCCGCUUUGAUUGUGUUAUGUUUUCUCCUAGUUA